AUGGCCAAGGACAAGGAGAGAUCGAUCAACCCUGCCGCCGCGCAGCGGAAGCAGGAUAAGCAGAAGAGUCUGAAAAAAGGAAAAGCCGAGGCGCUGGCCCGCCGCAAUGAGAAGCUGGCUCGCCGCAACCCGGAACGCAUUCAACGACAAAUCAACGACCUCAAAUCUAUGGAGGAGUCCGGGCAACAAUUACGACCGCGUGACAAGGAAAUUCUAGAGGCUCUAGAGAAAGACCUACGGGCGGUUUUGAAAGCGCGCGAAGCCCUCGGCGACAAGGCACCCAAGUUCCACGAGGGACGAGGCGAUCAAAGACGGGAUGGCGGAGAUGCUGUUCUGGGUAAGCGGAGGAGAGUUCAGGAGUUUGGACGACACCAGGAGAGCGAUGGCAGCGAGACGGAUGAAGACCAACAGCGGAAACGCGGUGCUGGCGCACAGGAGGGAUCCGAGCGUCGUGGUCCUCAUGCGCUGCCCGCGAAGCCUGCCGCGGUUGCGUCCAAGACUGUCUACGAAGCCAAGCCAGAAGUUCGAGAUCUACGGCAGGAGGCCGUCAACAAGUUCAUUCCGGCGGCUGUUCGGAUGAAGCAGGAUUCCAUCAGGGGUCAAGGGAAACUGCUCGAGCCCGAGGAGAUGGAUAAACUGGAGAAGGCCGGAUACCGAGCUGGCGCAGCUCCAGUGUCAACUACCACAGCUGAGGAACAACGGUCAUUAGAAGAGGAAGAAGCUCGGUUCAAUGCCGAGAUGAACAAGCAGGCUCAUAUGGAGGAAGUCUCAGAUGAAGAAGCCUAG